GCAGCAGAGGCCCAGGAUGCCCGGGCCGCGCGCCCCGGGGGAGCCCCGGGGGUCCGGGGAGCUCCGGCCGCUGCUGGCGCGCAGGCCGCGGGGGCCCCGACGGUGGCGGCGGGCGGCGGCCGCCGCGGUGCUGCUGGUGGAGAUGCUGGAGCGCGCCGCCUUCUUCGGCGUCUCGGGCAACCUCGUGCUCUAUCUCAACAGCACCAACUUCCAGUGGGCCGGCGAGCAGGCGUCGCGCGCCGCGCUCGUCUUCCUGGGCGCCUCCUACCUGCUGGCGCCCGUGGGCGGCUGGCUGGCCGACGUGUACCUGGGCCGCCGCCGCGCCAUCGUGCUCAGCCUGCUGCUCUACCUGGUCGCCUCCAGCCUGCUGCCCAUCACGGCCUUCCCCGAUGGCCGCAGCUCCUUCUGCGGCGAGAUGCCCGUGUCGCCGCUGUCGCCCGCCUGCCCCUCACCCGGCUGCCCGCGCGCCUCGCCCACCGCCUACUGCGCGCCCACCCUCUACGUCGGGCUGCUGCUGCUCGCCCUGGCCGCCAGCUCCGUCCGGAGCAACCUCACCUCUUUUGGGGCCGACCAGGUGAUGGAUCUCGGCCGCCAUGCCAACCGUCGCUUCUUCAACUGGUUUUAUUGGAGCAUCAACGUGGGUGCUGUGCUGUCGCUGUUGGUCGUGGCCUUUAUCCAACAGAACAUCAGCUUCCUACUGGGCUACAGCAUCCCCGUGGGCUGUGUGGGCCUGGCCUUCUUCAUCUUCCUCUUCGCCACUCCCAUCUUCAUCUCCAAGCCCCCCAUGGGCAGCCAAGUGUCCUCUAUGCUUAAAAUUGCUCUCCAAAAGUGCUGUCCCCAGCUGUGGUGCCGACACUUCGCCAGAUACUCUCAAGGCGCCCAGCUGCCGCCUGACCAGAGGUCUGCCCAGCCUGGCCCUUCCCCACAAGAGGACAUGGCCAACUUCCAGGUGCUGGUGAAGAUCCUGCCCGUCAUGGCGACCCUGGUGCCCUACUGGAUGGUGUACUUCCAGAUGCAGUCCACAUACGUCCUGCAAGGCCUUCACCUCCACAUCCCGAACAUUUUCCCAGGCUACGCUGCCAACAGGUCCGUGGCGCUGGGAGCCCAGGCCAGCAGCUACAGGAUCCCGGAAGCCUGGCUUCUGCUGGCCAACGUCAUCAUGGUGCUGAUCCUGGUGCCCGUGAAGGACCACCUGCUUGACCCUCUACUGCUGCGGUGCAAGCUGCUUCCCUCAGCUCUGCAGAAGAUGGCACUGGGGAUGUUCUUUGGUUUCACGUCCGUCAUUGUGGCAGGAGUCCUGGAGAUGGAGCGUUUAGACUACAUCAGGAACAACCAGACAGUGUCCCAGCUGAUCGGGGAGAACGUGUACUACGCAGCACCCCUCUCUAUCUGGUGGCAGAUCCCUCAGUACCUGCUCAUCGGGAUCAGUGAGAUUUUUGCCAGCAUCCCAGGCCUGGAGUUUGCGUACUCAGAGGCCCCACGGUCCAUGCAGGGCGCCAUCAUGGGCAUCUUCUUCUGCCUCUCGGGCGUGGGCUCACUGUUGGGCUCCAGCCUGGUGGCAUUCCUGUCACUGCCUGGGGGCUGGAUGUACUGUCCCAAGGACUUCGGGAAUAUCAACAAUUGCCAGAUGGACCACUACUUCUUCCUGCUGGCCGGCAUUCAGGCCGCCACGGCCCUCCUGUUUAUCUGGAUUGCUCGUCGCUAUGAGAGGGCGGCUCAGGCCUCAGUGUCCCAAAGCAGCUCCAGCAGGGACAGGGGCUGAACACGCCCCCACCCCACCUCCUCACCUCUCUGCCCCCCGGCACACAGACAGCAGCAAUCCAGGCUGGAGUUUCCUUCUCAGUUUAUUUUGUACCCAACAUUAGGAUGAAACGGUUCCCAUAAAUAAGGGGCAUGAGCCCUUCCUCGCGA